AUGUGGAAAUGUGCUAGGUCAUGUACUGUACCUACAUUCACAGCAGCUAUGAGAGAGUUAAGGGACUUAGAUGUUAAGGCAUGGGAGUGGUUAAAUGACAAGCACCCAAGAGAGUGGUCAAGGUCUCACUUCUCAUGCACUCCACAAUCUGACAUGCUUGUAAACAAUAUUUCUGAGUGCUUUAAUUCUAUUAUAUUGGCAGUUAGAGGAAAACCUAUAAUUGCUUGCCUAGAUGGUAUGAGGCAUUUAUUGAUGACUAGGUUUUUUGAUUCUUAUCAUAAAGCUAAAGAAUGGAGUUCUGAAAUUUGUCCUAGAGUGCUAGAAAAGUUGCAGGUUAAUGAGAAGCAAGCUGCUAGGUAUGGAGGAUUUCAGUGUGGUCUACAUGAGUUUGAGAUACAAGGUUUUUAUGGAGACCAACAGUCUGUGAAUUUGGAACUAAGAUCUUGUACUUGUAGAAGAUGGGAUUUAACCGGAUUGCCUUGCAAACAUGCCAUUUGUGCCAUUUGGAUGAAGCAUGGGGAAGGUCAUGUUUAUGCCUAUGUCAAUCCUUGUUAUACAAAGGCAAGAUAUUUACAAAUCUAUGAAGGAUUAAUUCAUCCUAUGGCAGGUGUAAGUGAAUGGCCAGUGGUUGAUACAGCUCCACCUUUACCCCCUGUUUAUAAAGCUAAACCUGGCAGACCAAAGAAAUUGAGGAAAAGUUCUACUGAUGAGAUAACCAAUGAUGGAGAGCAUGUGGCAAGAACUUGGAUAAAAUUGCAUUGUAGCAAGUGUAGACAAUCCGGGCACAACUCUAGAAGAUGUCCUCUAAACACACAAAGCAAGGAAAAACAGAUGAAGCCAAGAAAAAAAGUUGGGGAUCCAGUGCAUGUGCAGGUGGAAUUGCCACCUACUGAAGAUGGAGUCAAUCCUACUAUUGAAGCACAAGAAGAGAACAACAUACUUAUUGAAGCAGGAUAUGAUCCAACUACUGUAUUUUCUCUGGAAGAUCUAGAGUGGAGUCAAAAUAAUUAG